AUGAUCACAUCUACUUCAAGUCCCAAGUCCCUCUCCGCAAGAUCCCAAUUUGCACAAAAUAAUGGAGAUAUUAUGAAUCCUGGAACUGCUGGAACAACAUAUGUUUACUACAAACAAAUCAUGGCACUCUCCAUGAAGGGGUAUCGAGUGAUUUCUGUUGAUAUUCCUCGUGUUUGGAACAAUCAAGAAUGGGUUCAAGCAUUUGAGAAGUUUUUAGAUGUUAUUGAUGUCCACCAUAUAAGAUUAUCUGAUUCCAUUUUUGAUGAAUCCCAAAUGGUCCACAUGAACCAUUUAUUGCUGAUUCUGUGGACUUUGUUGUUGCAUAGGUUGAGACCUUGGGGGGAUUUGGCUUCCAGAUUGACUUUAAUAAGUGAUGUUGCAUCAGUGGGACCUCUUCUUCUUUCAGAUUCUCUAAUCACUAUAAUGGAUGGUAUGGAUCUUGCUAUGUUGGCGAAAGGGGAGCUUAAGGAAGGGGUGUUGAUUCAGAUUUCUUGGGAUAUUUAUGUAUUUUAG